AUGACAGCACACCAAAAUGGCAGCAUCUCCACUGAGAUUUCAGACUUCCUCCUGAACUGUUUUGUCAGGUCCCCCAGCUGGCAGCACUGGCUGUCCCUGCCCCUCAGUCUCCUCUUCCUCCUGGCCAUGGGGGCCAACAUCACCCUCCUCAUCACCAUCCGGCUGGAGGCCUCUCUGCAUGAGCCCAUGUAUUACCUGCUCAGCCUCCUCUCCCUGCUGGACAUGGUGCUCUGCCUCACCGUCAUCCCCAAGGUCCUGGCCAUCUUUUGGUUUGAUCUCAGAUCCAUCAGCUUCUUUACCUGUUUCCUUCAGAUGUACAUCAUGAAUUGCUUCCUUGCCAUGGAGUCCUGCACAUUCAUGGUCAUGGCCUAUGACCGCUAUGUGGCUGUCUGCCAACCAUUGAGGUAUCCAUCCAUCAUCACAGACCAAUUUGUUGCAAAGGCAACCAUCUUUAUUUUAGCCAGAAAUGUCCUUUUCACAGUGCCCAUCCCCAUCCUCUCUGUACGACUCCAUUAUUGUGGGAGAAAUGUCAUUGAGAACUGCAUCUGUGCCAAUAUGUCUGUGUCCAGGCUAUCCUGUGAUGAUGUCACUAUCAAUCUUGUCUACCAGUUUGCUGGAGGCUGGACCCUGCUGGGAUCUGACCUCAUCCUCAUCUUCCUCUCCUACACCCUCAUACUAAGGGCUGUUCUGAGACUUAAGUCAGAAGGAGCUGUGGCCAAGGCCCUAAGCACGUGUGGCUCCCACUUCAUCCUGAUCCUCUUCUUCAGCACCAUUCUCCUGGUCUUUGUCCUCACUCACGUGGCAAAGAAGAAGGUGUCCCCUGAUGUGCCAGUCUUGCUCAAUGUCCUGCAUCAUGUCAUCCCUGCAGCCCUCAACCCCAUUGUCUAUGGGGUGCGAACCCAGGAGAUCAAGCAAGGAAUCCAGAGGUUACUGAAGAAAGGAUGGUAA